AUGCGAGGUAUUCAAAUUCUUCACUUUAAUGAUGUUUAUCACCUUCUACCGCGGAAACAGGAGCCUGUUGGAGGAGCAGCACGGUUUGCUACCGUUUUAAAAGAAUUUCGUGCAAAAUAUGGGCCUGAUUCUUCAUGUGUAUUUUUCAGUGGUGAUCUUUUUAAUCCUUCUGUUGAGAGUAGUGUCAGUAAAGGCAGACAUAUGAUUCCAGUGAUGAAUAAUUUUGGUGUGGACGUUGCCUGCAUGGGUAAUCAUGAUUUUGAUUACGGAGAACCAAACCUUAAAGCAUUAGUUGGAGAGACCAAUUUCCCUUGGUUAUUAUCAAACGUUAUUGAUUCUGAAAGUGGAAAUCCGGUUGCGAACGGAAAAAAGUUCCAUAUUCUGGAGAAGAAUGAUCUUAAACUCGGAAUUAUCGGUUUGGUUGAAAAAGAUUGGUUGGAAACUAUUCCUGGUCUUCCACCAGCAUUACAGUAUAAAGAUUAUAUAGCUGUUGGAAAGGAACUUGCCGCACAAUUACGUGACCCUAAAGGGCCUUAUGCAGUAGAUCUUGUUAUAGCCUUAACGCAUUGUCGUUUGCCAAAUGACAUUUUAUUAGCAAGAGAAACUCAAGAUGAAAUCGAUUUGAUUCUUGGAGGACACGAUCACUUUUAUUACAUCGGGAAAGGUUGUGAAAUUAUCAAUGGUUGGAUAAGAGAAGAAGUAAGUGGAAGCGGUGAAGAUAAUGGAGUGCGCGUUGUUAAGAGCGGAACAGAUUUUCGAGAAUUAAGUAUUGUAGAAUGUGAAGUUGAAGAAAUUGACAACGAAGAAGGAGGAACUAUCAAAAUAAUUAAAAAAGUGGCAGUUACGCGCCAAGAAGUUACGUCAUCAAUUGCCGAGGAUUCUCAUUUUAUAGAAUUAACUAAUUCCGCUACCUCUGAUAUUAAGUCGAAAUUGUCCAGACCUAUAGCUUAUACAUUAACACAAUGGGACUGCCGAUCAACAGAGCUUCGAACUCGAGAAACUGCAUUUGGAAACUUUGUAGCUGAUAUAAUGUUAUACGCAUAUCAACCAUGCAUUCAUAAUAUAGACUGUUCGAUAUUAUGUGGAGGUACUAUACGUUCAGAUUCAGUUUAUGGACCGGGAAAAAUUACUUUGGGAGAUUUGCUUGAGAUAUUUCCUUUCGAAGACACGGUAGUUGUUAUUCGAAUUACUGGGCAACAAUUGUGGGAUGGUUUGGAAAGUGCUGUUUCAAAGGUACCUAAACAAGAAGGGAGAUUUCCAGUAGUGAGUGGUUUGAAAAUAGAAUAUAAUCCAAAUGCUGAACCGGAACAUCGACUAAGAAAUGUUUGGUUGACAGAGAAAAGUCCACAUACAACGGGAGAAAGUGUAGUUGAAUCUGAUUAUGACAAACCUAAUAUUAUAGAAAAAUUAGAUUUACACAAAAUUUACACAGUUAGUACUCGCAAUUAUAUGGCGUCUGGCUACGAUGGUUAUACUGCCUUCGCUCAACCUAAUACACAGUACCUAGUUGAUGAAGAAAAUGGUAUUAUUCUUUCAACCUUAAUCCGUCGAUAUUUUCUUGGUCUUUAUUAUGUUAAUGCCAUUAAAUUCAAUAUGAGCUGUGAGUCUAGGACUAAGGAAGCAGUUUCAAAAGCAGCAGAUACCUGGAAAAAACUGGCAGAAAAAGGCCGUGAUAAAACAGCUCAGAAACACAUUUCUGGUCAUACUAUUCAAAAUGCAUUAAAGCUUUCUCUAGGUGAAAAUAUAAAAAGACAGAAUGAGGAAUCAUCUAAUAACGAUGAUAUAAUUGAUGAUGAAAUAGAUUCAAAAAAUACAGAAUUCAUAAAAGAUUGGGUCACUGUCGCUCCGAUUAUUGGAGAUAGAAUUGUCACUGUGGAUUCCUAA